CGUACCUACACGAACAACGCAACAUCGGCGCAAAGUCAGUUCGCCAUGAGUUCCAUGAUCACCACCGCUGCGUGGGUGCCGCGUGGCUACGCAGCACCCUUCCCGCAAAAGUACGACUUUGACGAAGACGAGUUUGAACGAAUCGCAAGCUUGGCCAAGCUCCAGCUCGACGACGCCAACGAGGACCUGGAGGAAGCUCAAAACAAGAACGGCAAAGACGACAGUGACGAUGACAACGACAGCGAAAACGAAGCUAGUGGAGUUGCUUCAGAGGCGAAGUCCGAGUCAAAAGCCGCUGCCGGCUCUGGCGAUGCUGCUGCCAAGGAUGACAAGAUGGAUGACGAGGUGGACAUUGACGACGACGACCUGAAAGAGUACGACCUGGAGCAUUACGACGACGACGAAGAUGAGGCGGAGGGCCGCAGCAUGGACAUGUUCGGCAACAUCAAGUCUCUCACAUACUACGACUCCAACAAGGAGGAUCCAUACAUUACGAUACCCGAUGGAGAGAACGAUGACGACGAGGACCGCGAGGAGCUACAGAUCUUGGCCACCGACAACCUUUUGCUCGCCGCCAAGGUGGAGGACGAGCUGGCCCAUUUGGAAGUGUAUGUUUACGAGGACGAGGCGGACAACCUCUACGUCCACCACGAUAUCAUGCUUCCCGCCAUCCCACUCUGCGUAGAGUGGCUGGACCUUGCGGUUGGCAAGCCCAACGCCGACAAAGACGCCAACGCCAACUUUGUCGCGAUAGGAACUAUGGACCCAGACAUCGAGGUGUGGGACCUGGACACGGUAGACUGCAUGUACCCCAACGCCGUCCUCGGCCAGGGUGGCAACCCGCAAGAGGAGACUCAGAAGAAGAAGAAAAAGAAGAAGUCAAAGAAGGCCAACGACAGCUACCACGUCGACGCCGUGCUGUCCCUCGCAGCGAACCGAAAGCACAGAAACCUGCUCGCCUCGGCGUCAGCCGACAAGACAGUCAAGUUAUGGGACUUGAACACAACGUCUUGCGCAAAGUCCUACACUUACCACACAGACAAGGUCUGCUCGCUCGCGUGGCACGCCGUCGAAUCCACAGUACUUCUCAGCGGCAGCUACGACAGGACAAUAGUCGCCGCGGACAUGCGCGCGCCCGACGCGAAGCCCGCACGGUGGGGAGUCGAGAGCGACGUCGAGAAUGUCCGCUGGGACCCGCACGACCCCAACUUCUUCUACGUCUCGACUGAGAACGGCAUCAUCCACUACCACGACAUCCGCAACGCGCCGGCCAACCCAGCGGCGACGAAGCCGGUGUGGACGCUGCAGGCCCACGACGAGUCUCUUUCCGCAUUCGACAUCAAUGCGCACAUCCCUGGCUUCAUGGCCACGGGCUCGACCGACAAGACCGUCAAGUUGUGGAACAUUCUGCCGUCUGGCCCGCAGAUGGUGGUGUCGCGGAAUCUCGACGUCGGCAAGAUCUUCUCGACGUCUUUCGCACCGGACCCAGAGGUCGCCUUCCGCCUCGCGGUCGCCGGCAGCAAGGGCACCAUGCACGUUUGGGACACAAGCACCAACGGCGGCGUGCGCAAGGCCUUUGCGCACAAGAUUGCCGACAACGGUGGAAGCGGGGAGGAAAUGCGCGAGAGAGUCGUUGGUGUCGCGAGCGAUGCGUCCGACGAUGACGAGGAGAGCGACGGCGGAGAUGGCGCCGAGUCAAUGGACGAAGACGAUUGAGCUAUGCAGCCAGAAAAUGACCGAGCUCGACACGGAAGAGCGAGAUGCUGAGGACGGGAUGAAUGCACCGGACGAGAAGCAAGACAGUCAUGGGUGAUGUUUUACAUGCUUGAGAGGCCCAGGACGUCUUCGAGAAUGGUGAUCGUCUAGGGCCAAAAGGUUUUGAUCUUUCGGGGUCAGUCGACGGAAGCUAGUGUGACUCUCUGUUCAGCCUUGACGCUAGGCGAGCGAGAGCACUUCUUGGAUCGGUUUUCGCGUAAGAUGUUGGCGGUGCACGGGAAAAGGUUUAUUGUGCUCGGCAUAAGCACUGCAACCGGUGAUUGACACAUACGCCGUCGUGCUCCUUUGGCUUUGAUUCACUUUUGGAGUUCAAAUAUUCAUCAGCGGCAUAUAGACGGAUAGCAAUACCACUAUGAAGACGACC